AUGGCGGCAGCUCCUGGUCCUAUCCUCUGGUCAAACAAUGAGUACGAGAUCCGACCAGCGAAGAAUACAGAUGAGUUCAGAGACUGGUGGUGGAGUUCGAUGCAGACACUUGGCUGGGGCGUUGGCUACUAUGAUCUCGAUACCCUCAUGAACCCAUCCAUCGGGUACGUGAUGUUGCUGCUUAUCGAAAAGUCCUCUGGGAAGCCAGUCGGUCAUGUAAGCGCUGUGAUCAACACGAAGUCGACAGGCUGGGUGUCGAUGUUCGUGAUCGACGAGAAGCAUCGUGGAAAAGGUCUUGGGAGGAAACUUUUAAAAGCAGCGGAGGCAGACUUUGACCGAUGUGGGACCAAGAUCAGAGGGCUUGAUGGUGUUGCUGAACAGAAGCCAACGUACGAGCGCAGGAAAUUUGUGUCCUCUCCUCUUGGCAAAGUCAAGCAACUGGUACGACCGUCGGUAGCAAAAGUCCCCAUAGCAGAGUCGAGCCCAUCCGGCGGUUUGAUCAACAUUUGCAAGGUGCCUCGGAGUCUGCUCGCCCAGUCCGACGAGGUUAAUACCGGCUUUCGACGCCCAGCCUUGUGGUCGGACGAGCACCUCUUCAAUCGCAAAGAUAUCCACGGGGUCGCACUAGUGACGAGGGAAGAUCCAGCCGAUCUCGAAGACCUGCGCGCAUGGGCCGUGGCUCGACGAUACGCCGGCGGCAUCAAGAUAGGACCGGUUUAUGCUUCCGAUAAAGAGUCUGCCAAGGCCGUGCUGACCGCCACGAUGAAGUUAGCAACACCAGAGGCUAUCAAGCAGGUCGAAAUGCCGAACUCUGCUUCGAAUAGAUGGUCGAUAGCUGAAGUUACCAACGAGGCAAGCCUUGCAGCAGAAGUCUGGGGUGGAAACAGUGAAGCCGUCGAGCUGUUCGAGGAGCUCGGAUGGGUGUCUGCCGGGUAUGAGUACUACCGCAUGUGGCAUGACGGAAAAGCUCCAGUAGCGCAGAGUGCAGGAGGCGCUUCCCUACGAGGUGCUUAUGCUAUGUUUGAUGCAGCGACUGGCUAG